AUGGGAGAAUGGCAUCUUACACAGGUAUCGAAUAUAAAGAGAGCAGAUGGCUCAUUCGCACAAUAUGAGCAAUCCACGAAUAUUACGACGAUAACACUCCUCGAAAUUAUGGGGAUGAUGACGGAGAUGGAUACACAGAGCCUGGACCAGUUCGGACAGGUCAGGGCGCUCAUCGACAGUCUUAUCCUGAGCAAAGUUGAGACACUUCGGACAAUGCACAUCGCUUUAAGCUGUAUAGGUAUUGCCUCUGUGCUCGUGGUGAUCUUUUGCAUCUUGCAAGAAGCCAGGAGGUCUGCAAAGCUACGAGUAACACUCAGACCACGAAAAUUUGACCUCCUUCAUGACGUGCAUGAGGCUGAAAAAUUCCCUCUUACGCUUGUGUUCACAGCUUUGAUCCAGCAAGCUGUGUUCGUUGGUGUGCAGAGCUCAGCUCUGCAUAGUGUUGUAGUGACGGGCUGCUCGAAGGUUGCGCAAGUAGUUUUUCCCGCUAUCUUCCUUCUAGGGUACACUACUUUCGUGUACGGCGUGGAAAUAACGAGACGUUCGCUUGGAUCGAAACCAUUCAGACCAAAAGGCAAAUGGACCGGUUCCAUAUGUACCGCUUCGGUGGCUCUGCUUCUCCUUUUCACCUGGAUACCAACCGCUAUCUGGCGAUCACCAGAUCGCUGCUUUGGCAAUCUACUUUGGUUUCCUGUUCGAUACAACGUCAUUGCAAUUAGCGUUGUAUCAUUACUGAUAUUUAUUUUGAUUCUUAUGGGAGUGAUUGUCAUUACGCAGCUCAAGAGAAGCGUACAGGUCGAUGAGAACGAGAGACUGUCAGCAUCAUUGAUCUGUUACUACAUCUUUCUGACUGUUUUUAUAUAUACGCUCAUUCUUCCUUUCUUUAUCCAAGCUCUUCUUCACAAUUUCGACUCCAACCUUACGAGUUCUCGUUUGGCUGAAGUUGCUUUAUUCGGUAACACCCUUUUUCUUGUCACAUUUUAUUUCUUCUUGCGCGUCAACGCAACUCGUUUGACCAUAAAAGCUCCUGGUGCCCUCGGUUUCUCAAAGGGACACCGUGGCAGGAGUUUUGGCCCCGGCUAUAUGGCAUCAAGUAUCAGUGAACCAAUUCUCUCGACUACCCACGAUAUCGACAAGACCAUUCUGCUGUUCGAUAAGAAAGGUCAUCUAGAACCUGACUUCGAUCCUCGAGCAGAGACGUCUAGCAUUACCGAGCAGGGUAUACUCUCACCGGGUCGACUUGACCCCUCAACCUGGCCAUCGCCCCCUGACCCUUGCAGUCCGACCACAGCCAGUCCUUCAGAUCUGACGAAAAGGACAAAGUCAAGCUAUUCAAUCUUCCCAACUCGCGCCGAUGAAAUACCUCGGCUGCCUCCUUCUGUCUAUUCCUUCAACAAGUCAAGCAGCUUGAAAUCAUUCGCACCAUUCAAGCGCACCACGACUGCGUCUGAAGUAGCCUCUAUCACUGACGUAUCUGCGUCUUACGAGGGUCCACUUCGUCCUCCAUUACCCCUAUUUGCACACCGUCAUCGCCGAGAUAGUAGCGGUGGGAGCAGUGCAACUGUACAGAUAGGACUGAGACUAUCUGUUGCGCCUGCUACGAUUGCAGCUGGGCACAUUACCACACAAAAUCGCACAAUACCAAUCCGGCGACCAACACUGCCUGCGCACCCUGCAGUGCUUCGUCGCGAUCACAGUAAUCCAAGUGUCGAAAGCCUAGUUCUGCCUAUCCAGACUCCAUCAGGAUUUACUUCCAAAGACAUUACCACCUCUCAGGUGCAACCACAAAAGGCCGGUGAGACUUCUACCGAGACUGAGACUCGCAUCACACCGACCGAGAGCAGUGGAGAAUAUCUCGAAAAAGCCCGCGACAAGGUCCUGCCACCGAUACCUCAUCCAUCUGGUACCCGUGGCGUCAGUGGACUCAGGCUGAAUCCGGUUACACUACCACCUGCAAAACCUGCAAACAACGCGGGCUGGAUAUGA